AUGACGGCUGCUGAUCAUCAUUUGUCUCUAGUCGGAGAGCCCCCAAUGCCUCCCGGCAGCCCAACUUGGAUACCAGAUCGCUCCGACAUGCAGCAAUGGUCGACUUCGAAGACGCCGUUCGAUCAUGCUCUCUAUAACGCUGCUGUUCUUCACCUGCCUCCUACCUCUUCUGAAGAUGAACUUGAUGAUCAGGUUGCGUCCGAGGUACAUAGUUUGGGCAUAUCACCGUUGCGGAUUACCUCGGACAUUGGAAAGAUUGCUUCUUCAGUCUCGACUAUUACCAUCGCUUCGGGCUCCUUGAAGCAAAGCUCCAUCCAAUCCCAGUCCACCGCAGCGACGUCCUGUGCCUCUAGUGAGCAUCGGCCAACAACACAAUCGUCCCGGACCUCUGACUACACCCCGCCGAAACCGGGCGGCCUCUCACCUACCUUGACGAGCGAAAGAAAGAAAUACUCACCACUAAAACGAGGGUUCCAAAAAAUGGCAAGUUUUCGAAAGAGACGGUCGGCGGGUUUGACUGCGUCUUCAACCCUUACAAGUAUCAACAGUGACGCCGACAGCAACGGUAGCGAAGAUCAGUCCGUGAACAUGCGAAGUCCCACGUCGGUCAAAUCGAGUCAGAGCUCGUGGUCGCAACCAUUAUUCAUGGCAAAAUCAAGUUGUGAACCGCCAACGUUGGAGGACACAGAAGCGUUGGAGAGAAGUAUGGGGUGCAAGGAACUACUCAACCUUCAAAUGACUCAACUGGAUGAAAAGGGUCGUUUUCUAGAGUUUCAGGCUUCAUUGAUGGCGCACUUGCGAUCAGAACGCGAUUUUCUCAGGGCACAGAAAAAGACUUCGCAUGCAAAUGCCAUUGCUGAACAAAGAGCAAAGAUUGAGCGGGCAGUAGAAGACCUAGAAGCGCGACAACUCGAGGAAGAAAUGAAGAUGGAAAAGGAUCAUGAACUCGAAAAGAGAGCUAUCAUGUUGCGCUUACGGCAUAUGGAAGCUUAUUGUCAGAAUCCCACUCCACCUGAGACUCCUGUGGAUCCAGUCUCCAGACAUGCUUCUAUCGAUUCGAUCUUCCCAGAACGCAAAGUCACAGAUAAAGACUAUCACAAUCUCGCCCAACAGUACCGUGAACGAGACAUCAUGGACACCCUGCACACUUCCAAAAUCAAUGUUUUGCGGGGCAAGCAGAAGAGAGCUGUGGAGAAUCUCAUACGGAAAAAGGAAAAAGAGAUGGAAGUUCUGGAAAGAGACCAGAAAAAGGAACUGGCUGUCAUUGAUCGCGACUUUGCCAGCCAGGAGGCCGAUUUGAGGAUGGUCCUGGACAAGAAGAGAGCGAGGCUCGAAUCAAGGUGGCGAACCCAGGCCUUGAUUGAGCGCACGAAACUGGAGAAAAAGAGCGGCCUCCGAUACGCCCCGUUACCCGAUGUUGUCGCCAUCAAAGACAUUGACUGCUGCUGA